AUGUUCUCAGCAGUUGCUCGUAUUUGUUCACGGAUGGCGGUGUUCAAAAAGCUCCGAGGAAAGAACAAGGACAAGAACUUGCCAUUGCCGGAGCCAGAAGCCGUCAAACCAUUAGAUAAGAGGGUUGGAAUCGAUUCGUACAGAGACUUCUUCACACUCAAAAAUUGGUGGAAGACAGUGGACCGAAAACGUGUUGAAGCAUCAGGAUACAUGUUCAGCAAGUGA